CACUCACAUUCAUACCUAUGGACAAUUUGGAGUCGCCAAUUAACCUAGCAUGUUUUUGGAAUGUGGGAGGAAACCGGAGUAGACUUAUUCCAAUAAUGAAGCUUAUAUGUGAGUAAUCGGCUCUUCAUUGGUUCAUAUUUUAUAAAAUGAGGAAACUACAAACUCCUCCAUCACAUGAAAGCCUCACUUCCUCUGUUUGCCUCCCGGGUGGAAUAUCACUACUGUACUCCAAACAAGCAUGAAGGACACACUUUGUAUUAGCGGUUCACUAUUUGGUUCAACAGGACAACAAGAGUGUGGCUCCUGUUAUCUUAUUAGCAUGCAGUCUGUAGUAGCGAUGAUCGCCUGUGAUAUCAUCUUGACCGUCUUCAUCGCUAUUUCUGUCUUCUACAUUGUCACCCUCCACAAGAAAAACAAAGAACUGAAUGUUGUGUUUUCUUCAGUCGCAACCGCAAAGGAGGAAAAUCCAUCCCAGAUUACAGAAUCUCCCUAUCAGGAGCUACAUGGAGGCCAAUCGGAUGUGUACAGUGAACUCCAAUACUAGGAAAUGAAACAGUGGUUUUGAACUGCAUCCCUUAACUGUGUUGCGUGUACUCACUCGCAAGUUUGCAGUCAGAGUUCAAUAUCCAAUUUAAAAUUUCAUAUAUAUGUAUUAAAGUAACACAAACAGGUUUUUUUUUUCCUUUUUUAUUUUUCCAGAAAAUGUCAAUGUUUGUAAGAUUACAACACGCCACACAAUGACAUAUUGUGGCAUACAGGAACCAAUCAUGAGCGAUGAAAAAAAUCACAAAGAGCUUAUUAACCCAUCCUAAAUUGCAAGAGAUCAUGCCUCAGUACAACGGUCAUGUCACAAAAAAAACACUAAAGUCAUCACACAACAACUUAACACCCAAGAGAU